AAAUACUUGACGAUUUUUCAACCAUUCACAACAAUAGAACUAAAGCCAUGAUGUCUCAAAAGAGCAAGACUUACUAUCCAAGCAGCGUUCCCGGUGAGGAAGGAAGCAACAUAACAAUCCGCGAGGACGAAACGUGUUUUUUAGUUUCCAUCGAGAUGCCCGACAUCGACGGGAAAGACCUGCAGGUCACCCUAAACAAGAACGUUCUUACCAUCAGCGGGUUUCGGCGCAGUCGCUCUAAUUCGUACUCCGACAUCGACGAGGAGUGCGAUCGAAGGAGCGCGCAAAACGCACCCACGAAGAGACAGCGGCUCGUCCGGCAGCUGGAGAUCGAUCCGACCGCCGUGGACAUCGAGCGGGCCAUGGCGAGCACAUGGAACGGAUGUUAUACUCUCUAUGCCCCCAAGCGACAUCCUCAAUUCAAGGGCUUGGUGCUCUGAAGGGGACGGGGAUGCGCACAGGAACACACGUUCUCUACAGAUGCGAUGACUCAUUCACAAUCCGACGGUAUCGUUGACCAUUGCGGACGAUUUCCAAAUCAUCCGAAUCGACAUAAGAAAAUGGCCACAUAAUC